CAUGGCCUGGGUUAUGUACAGCACAGGGGAGUAGAAUAGAGUAGAGUGCUGUAAGUUAGGUUAGUGAGUCUAUCGAGUUGUUACCCACCACAUCCAAGCGUAGCACAGCAUUGGGAAACCGUCUUCAUCUUACCUCCAUCCGAUUCCCACCUGACCCUGGGAUGCAGCUCGCUCCUUUGGCUGUCUUCUCCCUACGAGAAUCAUCAUACAGUAUCUAUCCUAGAACACACUCUCUCGUCUGAGAGCGGCCCAACAGUCUGCCUCUGCCUCUGCCUCUGCUUCUGCUUCUGCUCCCGGGCCCCAUUAUGUCGAAACCCACAGCUUGUACCCGUAAAUCAAGUGGAUAGAUAGUACACACAAGCAGCAAGCGGUGCCAGCAGCCAAGAGGAUCGCAAUACUGGGAACACCCUACGGCCAAGACAAACCAUGACCAACGCUAACAACGGCGGAGCCUCAAGCUCCUCGCCUGGCCCGCCAGCAUGGUUUCCACGCUCGGGACGUCCGCCUGCACGGAGUAAACUACGAAAUGGCACCUGGGUCAUUCCCGGCACCGGCGAGCGCUCGCGACGCCAGUUCACCCUGCGACAGAGCAGUUUCAGCAGCGAACCCGACUUCGACAUGCGCCCACUCGUCGAACAGGAAACGGUCAAGGAGAAGGUACAGGCCGCCCUACACAACGGACAAGUUGUCAUGCAUAACGUCUGGACAUGGUUGAAGUCUCCCAAGGGGCGAGGCACACUCAAAUGCUCCGUCGCAUACCUGCUGGCCAGCUUGUGGACAUUCUAUGCGCCCUUUGCCGCGUCGUUGGGUCCCAUGGAUGGCAAACAUAUCGUCGCCACCAUUGCUGUGUACUUUCAUCCAUCCAGAAGUGCGGGAUCCCAAGUCGAGGCAGCUGCCAUUGCCAUCGUAGCAGUUUGCUACGCCAUGUUUAUUGGUACCCUGUCCAUGGCGACGUCGGUUUUGGUCGGCUCGGUUUGGGACCUGGUCAGGCUUUCAUACGCCCUCAUUCUCAUCCUCUUUAUUGGUGGUGGACUUGGUUUCAUUGGUUGGGUGAAGCAGAAACUCAACCAUCCACUCGUGAGUGUUGGUGCCAGCAUAGCGUCGAUUGGUAUCAUCACCAUCAUAACCAAGGAGAACUCCGUCCAUACUGGCGUCUUCACGAAUCAGAAGAUCAUACAAUCCCUGAAAAUCUUGCUCAUAGCCACGACGACGACAACCGCGGUCAAUCUACUGCUAUGGCCAGUAUCUGCACGUACCGCUCUGCGUGGCACCAUGAGAACAGCAUCGACAACCCUUGGUGAGAUGCUGUCUAUGGUGACGAAAAGCUUCCUGAGUGGCGCUGAAGAAGAGUUGAGUUCCAAGGGCUUCGCAAAAACAACCGCCACUUUCACGACGAAUUUGACGGCGAUGAACAAGAAUCUGAAAGAGUCAAAGUACGAAUAUUACAUGCUCGGCCACGAGGAGAUCUACAAGCAGGACAAGGCUGUAGUACGGUGCAUGGAGACCUUGUCACAAUCUCUGGGCGGACUCAGAAGUGCGGCCAAUACCCAAUUCGAGCUCCUAAAGGAGAAGGCUGGCGUUUCGCUUGCCAGCCAAGCCGUAUCUCCGGGUACUGACGUUGCAAACGUCCUUACUCCCACUGCUGGACAACCGACACCCCAUCUACUCAGAAGCGCCGGCAGGUUUGCCGUACUGUCAGCUAUUGAUGAAAGUCCCGACGAACGCAGCGACGUAGACGAAGCGCCAACGCCGUCAAGUGAGAACUAUUUCUCUAUAAACCCUGGUUUGAAGUCUCCAAGCCAUUGUCGAUCUCCAUCCGACAUAUUCGAGAUAUUCAUCCAUCGUUUAGGGCCAUCAAUGAAGUCCCUUGUCCAUACACUUUCGGAAAUCUUAAGGGAUCCUCCGUUCGACGCUCCCGGGUUGCCAAUCACUGUCAACGAUAAUUUUAAACACAGUGUCUCCGACGCUAUAUCCCUCUACAACUCGCAGAGAGCCAAGGCUCUGGAGGAGUUAUAUAAGACAAUCGAGCUUGAGAAAUCACGACCGGAAAACGUCCAAGCCGAUUAUGAGGAAGUGGCAGCCGCUUGCGGACACUUCUCGUUCAGUCUCCUCAGCUUGGGCGAUGAGAUGCAGAAGUAUCUGGACGCACUUGAUGAAUUGAAAUAUGCCACGGAAGAAAAGAAGAGGAGUUGGAACUUUUUGAAAUUUUGGGGGUACUUUUUCAACGGCUUCAAGAGCCGCACUGCCGACCCCGAGCAGGCUAUCCUCAUCAAACCAUUGCGAAGAUCAAAGAUGCCGAAAGGAAUUCCGGACAAUAUGUCGAAACCACGAGACACUUUUGCUUGGAACGCUGAACCCCAAGCUACUAGCGCUUUACGAAAAUGGGCGUCCCAGCAGCUUCUGCGAUUUUUCCGAUUUCUGUCCAGAGAAGAUAUUCGUUUUGGUCUCAAGGUUGGCAUCGGGGCUACUCUGUACGCCAUGUUUGCUUUCAUUCCCGAGACAAGGCCUAUAUACCAACACUGGCGCGGCGAGUGGGGUCUCUUGUCCUUUAUGAUCGUUUGUAGUAUGACAGUUGGUGCCUCUAAUACGACGGGCCUCGCACGAUUCGUCGGCACACUUAUGGGUGCUGCCUUCGUCAUCAUUGCCUGGUGGAUAUCAGACGGAGGUGCAAUCCUUCUUGCUAUCUUUGGCUGGGCCGUGUCUUUCCUGGCUUUCUACAUAACGAUCGAUCGAGGUAAUGCACCUUUCGGUCGUUUCAUUCUAUUGACCUACAACGUUUCCUCGUUGUAUGCAUAUUCUUUGUCCCAAAAGGUCGACGACGAUGACGAUGACGAAGGUGGUUUACAUCCUGUCAUCCAAACCAUUGUGUAUCAUAGAGUCAUCGCAGUGUCCCUUGGUAUCCUCUGGGGUCUCAUCGUAUGCCGCGUCAUUUGGCCGGUCUCCGCUCGGCAGAAGUUUAAGGAAGGUAUCUGUGUCUUGUAUCUCCAGAUGGGCUUGAUCUGGAAGCGAGGUCCUCUGGCCAUCCUGCUUCGUAGCGAUGCCACUGACAGCUACAUGAGGAUGGGUGAGCAGGCAGCGAUACAGCGCUAUGCUAAUCAGCUACGGACUCUUGUCAGCGCAGCCGCCAACGAAUACGAGCUUCGAGGUCCAUUUCCGGCGCAGGCAUACGGUCGCAUCAUGGUGUCAACACAGCGCUUGCUGGAUGCUUUCCAUGCCAUGAGUUUAGUCACGCAAAAGCAUGGCCGAUUGAGCGAGGGCGAAAGGGCACUUCUCAACCACACAGCCCGCGAACGAGCAGAGCUUUGUGCUCGCAUCUGCCACGUUUUCCAAGUUUUAGCUAGCAGUAUCAUGCUCGAGUAUCCCCUGACGGAUGCAAUACCUAGUGUGUUGGGUACACGAGAUAGGCUUCUCGGCAAGAUCUUUCGAUUCAGAAAGGAGCACAAUGGUGGGUUGGAUUCAGGUCGAAGCACUCCCAACGGGAAUGGCAAAAACAACAGCAACGGCGUUGUCGAUGACAACACGAGUGGCAUGGUUGGAGCUAUGAGCAGAGUGCCUAAACUUGGUAGCAUCAUUAUCGAGGAACAUGACUAUGCACUGUUGUACGCGUAUGCACUGGUUACCGGCCAGGUUGCAAAGGAGCUCAAAACUGUCGAGAAUGAGGUAGAAGCACUAUUUGGAAGGUUGGAUGAAGACGCAAUGUUGCUGCAGUAAGGUUGCACGACCCACGUUGGUCCAGGAAACGAGACGACGAUCGGAACGAUGUCUUCACACGUAUCAGGCGCACACAGGAUAGACAUCACGGGACAUGUGUUAUUCGAAAGGAGGGUUCAAUGCUUCCCUGCUUUGUUUUUCUUCCCUUUUUCUUCUUUUUUAUUGGAGGGGGGGGAUUCAUUUUGGAGUUCAUUCCGCUUAUUAUGAUACCUAGGAAAGCGAACAUGUUUAGUCAAUUGUAUUGAUAUCCACC